GAGGGGGGGGGAAACAAAAAAAACACAACACACAGAAGAUAAUUCAGCUGACAUCAAUGGAUGACUCACUGUGAACCAGAGCUCGGACAGGUCUGGUCUUCGAGAGUCUUCGCUACCCGGUUUGAUUCCAUGGCUUAGUGUGACUCUCAACAGCAACUAGCCCAAAAGUCUCUUUCCUGUCCUCAGCCACUACAGGUAGCAGCGAGACACAACCAAAGGGACAGUGACACACACCCCCUGUUGCUUGCCUCCCCUCCUGAGGCGACAUGGAGCUCCAGGCGUCUUACGGGCAGCUGGGAGCAGAGGGGGAUUGCGAGAUGUCGAGUCUGCUGUUGCCCAGUCCCCAGAGCGAGGCGGUUACUCAUGAGAUGGAGGAGCUGUCGCUGCAGCCUCUGCCUCCACUCAAUGAACGCAAAAAUGGCCAGGACUCUCAGACUCAGACAAUGGCCUAUUUGGAUGUAGAGACCCCCAGUGACCGCUGCACUAGGUUCAGAGCAGUCCUGCAGUUGAGGCUUCAGCAAAGGCGAACCCGGGAGCAGCUGGCGGACCAGGGCAUCAUGCCACCUCUAAAGAGCCCGGCAGCUUUCCAUGGGCAGAUUCGCAGCUUGGAGAGAAGCAGGACUGAGAAUUUCCUCAAGCACAAGAUCCGCAGUCGUCCAGAGAGAGCAGAGCUGGUCAGGAUGCACAUCCUGCAAGAGACCGGAGCAGAACCCUCAUUACAGGCCACCCAGAUGAAACUGAAGAGGGCGCGGCUGGCCGACAACCUAAACGAGAAGAUCGCCCAGAGGCCCGGCCCUAUGGAGCUGGUGGAGAAAAAUAUCUUGCCUGUGGAUUCCAGUGUUAAACAAGCAAUUAUCGUGGGUCAGGUGAAUUAUCCAAAAGUGUUGGAUGAAGACAGCUGCGAUGCCGUGUCCCCAGAGAAUCCAGCCAGCCAGGAGUCUCAGAGUUGUGUCCCCUCUCCGGCAGAGAGCAAAGUGCCAGAAACACCUUCUGUAGUCCCAGCACCACCAACACCCAUCACCCUGCUGCAGGCCUUCCCAGCUGCUACACAAGCAACAACAGACUUUGUAAAAGUGAUCCCUACAAUUGAAAAGCCUGCCAGCCGCCCAGCUGUCACUCCUGCACAGCCAAUCAUCACAGCUGUUCAUUCAAAACCAGGCCCAACACUGGUGAAACAAAGUCAGCAGAGGUCGCCCUCAGAGAAGAGCCGCAGUAAGAAGGGCAAAGAGCCCAAGUCCAGGGUGAAGAAGCUCAAGUACCACCAGUAUGUUCCCCCAGACCAGAAGCUGGAGGCCACUGAAGAACCCAUGGACUCCUCUUAUGCCCGACUGCUGCAGCAACAGCAGCUGUUCCUCCAGCUGCAGAUCCUCAGCCAGCAACAGCAGCAUUACAACUACCAGACUAUUUUACCGGCACCACUCAAGCCUGUUGCUGAGGGUCAGACCAGCAGCGCCGGGAGCCUGCCAACCUCCAUCAUGGUGUCUUUGCCCACUGCACCUCCACCUCCCCCUGUAACUCCAGCUCUGUCUCGUCCAAACAACUCGCUCUCAAACCGCAAGCCAGGAGUCUUGCCUGCCAAUCUUGAGGAGAUGAAGGUGGCUGAAUUAAAGAUGGAGCUAAAGCUGCGUGGCCUCCCUGUGUCAGGAACAAAGACCGAUCUGAUAGAAAGACUGAAGCCUUUCCAGGACAACCACUGCACCUUGGCUCCAACCACCAUUCCUGUCCCUAGCAUCACCACUCUCUCCUCAUUGCCCAUGGAGGUCACCACCACCACUAGCAGCCCCACCAUAGUCCUUCCAGUCCAGGUGGCUCCAGAGAACAUCAACCCGACACCGCCGGUCUCACCCAUUCCCCCCGAUCGCUCGACCCUCCAGCAGGAAGUAGGCAUGUCGGAGGCUCUUUCUGAAACACAAAUGAGGAGCUCUGGAUGGGGAGCUCCACAGACCUCACCUCUCUCGUCUUUUCAAGUCCCGGAGGAAAAGGACAGGCGGCUCCAUGAAAAAGAGCAGCAGAUAGUGGAGUUGAUGAAGAAGCUGGAGCAGGAGCAGAGGUUGGUUGAGGAGCUGAAGAUGCAGCUGGAGGUGGAGAAGAGAGGCCAGGGUGACUUUGCAUCUGUAUCUCCAAAACUCAAUUUGGCACCUGCCAUGAACCCUGUUCCUCAUGUCCUGAGCUCAAAUGUAGUAAAAAUGGAGGGUACAGUCCUGUCAAACUGUUCAUCCACUGCCGCUACAAUCCCCAACUCUAUCCUGGGCUCCCAGACUCUCUCCCCUCUGCCAACUGUGGUCAAGUUGGAGGAUGUGACGGUUUCUUCUGGCAAGCCUUUCCAGCUCCAGAACCAAACCCAGAUCAUCACCCAGAUCCAGCCCCAAGCCCAGCACCAAAUAAUCAACAGUCCUCACCGCCUCUCCCAGUCACGGAGAAGUCCCAAACUCCAGACCCAGUCCCAAACUGCAGCCCCAAGCAUGCAGCAGUUCUUCAUCAGCCACCAGGGCGGGGUGUCCCAGGUCCUGGGUCAGCCUCAGACCUUGUUAACCACCACAGGCCAAGCUGGGAGGAUCCUCCUCCCAGUCUCGCUACCCAACAGCGCUACAGCAAUCCAGCUGCCAAGCACUACUGUCAGCCUGCAGCCUGUUCUUCAGGCCACCGGCUCAAAUCCAGGCCUGGUCCAGGCCUCAGUUCCUCAGCGGCAAACCACUAAGAAGGAGAUGGCACCAAACCCGCAGUUAUCCAACCACAACCCAUUGCUACAGACUCUGACUAUGUGCAAUAACACUACUGGUUUGGAGAACCAGACUAGGCCUGAGAUGAAUCCACAGUGUUUCCUGAGAAGUACCCCAGAGAACAGAGUCUCUCCAAGAGCUUCACCCAACCACCACAUCUCCAACGGACCCCUCAAUAAGUCUUCUUCACCACAGCCUACCUUCAUCCUUCAAUCCAACUCCCUUGUUAAUCAGCCUCCCAAGACAAGAGAGCCUCCCCGCUACGAGGAGGCCAUCAAACAGAGCCGCAACUUGCACAUCAACAACGUUUCACAGGUUCCCACGGCAACCAGCCAGCAAAUGGAUGACUUGUUUGACAUCCUCAUAGAGAGUGGAGAAAUCACUCCAUUUAUCCAGCAGGACCCUCAUGUGUCUCACAAUAAGACCCUCCCAGUCACAGCGAACAUCUCCACCCUGCCUGUCAACACCGCUCUCUCCAGGCCGCCUCCACAGAUCCAGUUGGCUCUACCGCCCUCCCUGAGCCCCCUCAUCGGCUCCGGCCUGCCCAGCCUCUCCUCUCUGGCCACAGACAAUCAGCUGGAGGCCUUUCUGGAGCGCACCCUGGCUGACACGGCACCGGCGUCGGACCCGCGCACACGGGGCCUGAUGGAGGAGCUGCAGGCCCAGCUGAUGGAGCAGCAACCCUACUCGCCCAUGGACACAUCAGACUUGUCCUUCUGCGAUUCUUCCUCGCCCUCCUCGCUCAACAUGGGCCUGUCGGACCCAGGCCUGGACAAUAUGGAGUGGCUGGACCUCACCAUGCCACCAGGGCCUGCUGGGGCACUCACACCUCUGGGAAUCCCAACAGACUUCCUGGAUACACAAGACCUGCAGCUGCACUGGGACUGACGGAGGGGUGGAUGACAAAAGGAGGAAGAGUCCAGGGAGAGCAGAUGAGCCAGGAGAGGUCGAUGGAUGGAUGAAGAGAAGAGGAAAGGGAUCGACAGCAGCAAAGAUGUUUCAACAUUUGGAAUAGGUAGAAAACAUGGCAUUUUGUGUCAUACCACUCUCACUAGUACAUCCAAACCAUCUGUAAUAUUCCCACUAUACUACAGUGAAAAAGGCUGUACAGGCAGCAGUGCACUGAUUCAAGUUUAACUACAAGCAGGAGUUUGCACAGCUUCAAAAGAGAGACUCAUAUGGCUGAACAGCCAGAAAAAACAUCAUCACUGAGGCAAGAUCACCUAUCACAUUAGUGAUAAAGGGAUUUUAAACAGACUUUUACAGUGACUGAUUUCACGAGCUCUUAAAGAGACAAGGACACAGAGCCAAAUGAAUUCUGGUAGCAUGGACUGUUUGUAAAUACUCUUUUUACCACACAAGAACAACCGAACCUUCUCUUGGGAAGAGAGCCUGCAUAGCAUUGAUGGCUGAUAGCAUUGACUGGUUGUCUAUUUUACUGUGUGAGCACAGUAACUAAAUGUAAAAGGGUAGAUUCUCUGCAAUAUGUGUUCCACUGGAGCAUACUGUGCCAUGCUAGGUUAUAAAAGCUGGUCAUAACAACACAAUAAAUGUGUCGCUCUAAAUGACAGCGCACAGACUGAAGAUGUAUUCUAGUUAUAAUAAGAACAUUUAUAUUCUAAAUAAAAAUUCAUAUGCGGCUUGGCCUGGGACGUCAGUACAGCCUCAUCUACUGACCACUCCACCUGCGGAGGCUUGGACUAAACCAGUCCAAGUCUGAGGUGCUGGUCAGUUAAGUUAGUUCCCUUUAUGAUUGGAAACCUGACAUGCUCAGUCAGUCACUGUGCUGAGUUUUAAAGGGAUUUAAUAACCGAGAGUAGGUCAAGCCUCUUGUCACACUGAUCCAGUCUACCACAUACUGUACAUUACAUGUACGCUGACUAAUCUGAUGUGUUGUAUCAGAUGUGACUGUUUUCUUCUGACCUUUCAUGACCCCUGCGGUCAAGCUGAUGAACCAAUGACUCUAAAGAACAAAGACUCGACUUCAGUCGGCUGACGAGAGGAGGAAGCUCCUCCAUCUAUGUGAGAGCGCUAUGCACUUGAGAGGCGGAGGGACCUGACGAUGGCGCCUCAUUCACUUCGGAACAAGGGAAUGCAAACUUUGCAUAUCCAAGGUGAUCAUUAAUAUGACGUGGUCAUUAUGAUUGUGAUCAAAAUUAGGAUCAUGUGGCCGAUUGGUCCAGAGAUACUGCACCUGUUUGUCCCAAGUAUCUUAUUUUGAAUGUAAUUAAGGAAAAUGGGACAACACUCACAAAGUUGGCAGCUUUUUUUCUUCUGAUAGGUAACUGACAUAAAAAACGGUGGAAAGGGAACAAAUAUCAGCUCACAAUGCAGACACAUAUCCAGAAAAGUUGUGUACUUCAAGUUGUAUCAAUGAAUGAAGAUGUCUUUCUUUGGAGGAGAUGAGCUUCAUAUCUAGCUGUCCUACUGUAUCCUGGCACUUUGUCUCUGUGUGUGUGUGUGUGUGUGUGUGUGUGUGUGUGUGUGUGUGUGUGUGUGUGUGUGUGUGUGUGUGUGUGCGUGUGUGUGUGUGUGUGCGUCAGAGUGGAAAAUGACUGCAUCACGAGCCCACAUAUGUGCUGGUUAACAAUUUCCUGUAGCUGAUAAGUCAGUCUUCUUUAACAGCCCAUUGAUUGAGUGACCAACCAUCAUUUGGAUGAAUCAGAAUACCCUUAAGUAGGGCUUUACCAAAUAGUUUCAUUCAUAACAUUGACAUUCAAAUCCUAAAUCAACAUUUUAAUGCUGCACAUGUUCUCUUUUUUUUUAAUGUCUGUUAAUUCUGUUUAAGCGGUAUUUAUGAACAGCUGCUGACAAAGAUUAGGCUGCGCUAAUAUUAUUAUUGUUAUUAUUAUAGCCUACUAUGUGAUGAAGAUUGGUUUCCACUGGUGGCUGCAUAGGAUUGUGAUGAUCCAAACAGCAUUGUUAAGUCAGAAAAUCGUUUAUUGAACACAAAACAGAAUUCACAUUUUUUUUUAUCUAACAAGAUAUUGUGCUGCAGUCCACAUUUGUUGGCAUUUAGCUUUUUUUAUAUAUUUUCACUGUGGUCUAAAACAGUUUACUGCCCCGCACACACAUGUAUUAACGGGCCGUUCUAGCAGUAAUCUUACAGCAUCUUAAACUCACAUUUAUAUAACCAGAAUAACAUAAAAAAAAAUGAUCUUUUGUCGACAGACAUUAAAAGCAUAAUUACUAAACCUCAAAGAAGCUUAAAAAUAAAAGACAUUUAUUACAAACCAAUGCUAAAAUAAUAUUUGGCUGGGGAAAUAGUCACUCUCAUGAUGCAUCGGUUACUGUGACCUGUAGACAAAGUUAGUUUCCUGACCGAGUGGAUAUGUGAGAGAAGCAAGCAAGCAUGUUGUCUGUGUGUGUGUAUAUAUAUGUGUGUGUGCGUGUCUAUUUGUCUUCCUGUCUUUGCAUGUUCAACUAUGUCUCUUAUGUGCAUGAUUGUAUUCAUGUUAAAUCAAGAGCCGUCACGAGCUUUAUCUCGUCUAUUGCCCACAAGUUGUCUGAAGAAAUUUAGUAAUAUAUAUGAAAUCAAAUCAAUCAGUUGACAUAUUCAAAGCUAAACUCUUCAAAUAACUUCUAAUGACUGUUUCCUGUUUUUAUCUGUGUAGUUCAGUUGGUGUCCUACAGUCGAAAACGCACAGACACCAUUGAGGUGUGAUACACAGUGAAGAGGGCUUUGCUACUUUUAAAGCCAUCAUAAAUUCUAAAUCAGCAUUUUUAACAGAUUGCAUCAUAUCCCACUAGUUUCUUUUCAAACCUAAAUGUUGAGUUACUAAUUUAGUAUCUCAGUUAAGGAUGUUAUUUUGGGUUUGAUGCAGUCUCACUGUAUGGCACUUUGAAAUAAGAUUGCUCUUUUAAUUGUCUUUUCUUUUUUUCUUUUUUUAAUCAGUGCUGUCCAGUGAAAUCACAUUUACGGUGUACUUUAACAACUUAAAUCUGUCGUUACGUCCAUGGGCACUGCUUCUCUUCUGUUGUGGCACAUUUUCAGGGGCACUUUCUAGCACGAAAACAUUUAAAUGAGGCUGUUUUUCUUAACUUUUAAAUCCAAUGUUUUUUAUGACUACGUAAUUCUAAUUUUGCUGCUCAUCAGCAAUAAUUUGGUAGCCUGAGCAAACUGAUGGAGAACCCUUCAUGUAAACAAAGUGUGUUGCUCAUACUGCUGCAGGUACACAUUCAUGAUCAGGGCAGAUGGAUAUGCUUAAAUCCAGAAACAUUGGACCAUUUAAGAGGGUUGCAGCAAACACUUCACAGACCUGCUCCUGGGCUUUGUUGUAUUUCAGUUUUUUCUGCUACAAACAAAAUUGAAUAAGAUGACCUCAUUCUCGUAGUUGGUGGAGUUAAGUUUAGUCUUGGUGCUGGGACCCUGAGGGUAAGAAUCACUAGUUGAUUCGUGUGUUUCCUAUAAGAGAUGAUGAGUUUAAACUGUUUUUAUUUUGUUCAGUCAGUCAGCUUUAAGGCUGACAAAUUUGAUAUUUUUGUUGCCAAAAAGGCAGUGGAACAUAUUAUCACAUUUUGUUAUUUUCUCAUGUUUUUGUAUUUUUCCACUUUUUUUUGAUGGGUGAAAAUUAAACAUACCUAUGUCAAAUCUGUAAAGGAGGAUCUUGUGUGUAUAUUUAAGGUUUGCAAAGUUUUUUUCAUUUUAUAUUUUAUAUCAGACAUGCUGGGUUAAUCUACACAUGUAUGUGAUUUACGCUCAAUGUGACUCCACUUACCGUUGGCUGCUGUUGUUGCUAACUGGCUAGACAGGGACAGCUUAAAGCAAUAAUGCCUGCUCUCCCUUGAUAUACGUUCAUGUCUAGAUGGUUACCCACAAAUUGCAAAAAAACUUGCGAGGCUCGCUGCCCAACCUAUACUAACCUUAACGAUUUAAGGUCAAUGCAUAACCUAAUCAUCUUGAGGGAGUUUCACAACUUGUGGGUUACCUUCUAGACACAACCUUGAUAUACUGUACUGUAUGUCAGAUCCUGCCUUGAUGUUUUUAUUCAUAAAACCUUUACUACAGAGUAAUACAGUUUAUAAGUUCAAAAGCACUUAAUAUCUGAGUGGUUUGUUUGAAUAACCCUCUACAUUUAGAGGUUUGUGGAGGCAUGGUCAAUCUGAAGAACCCCUAAGUUUCCUAUCAGCUUCUCCACUUUCAUAGUUGGAGUUAACAGGUGUUGGCUCGGGCUCCCCUUGUAUUGACUUCAGCUCUGUUGCUUGUCCCAAUUCACCUGCAACGUGUAUCAUCAUGUAAACAUUGAACAUUUGUUGGUUGAGAAGCUGAACUUCAGAACAGACAGGACGUUUCAUUACAGUCUAUGUAUUUUGGGGACAUUUUCAUCCUUCAUUGUAGCUGAUUCUACUUUCCAUCUUCACCCACCCAUGCUAUGCCUCUUGUUGUUUGUAUGCCAUAUGUUUUGCACAUUGUGUACAUAUUUACAUAGAUGUAAUGCAUAUUUUUCUACAUGUGUAACAUCCAUGGGGUCUCUAUAUUGUAAAUACUCGAAAAGAUGUAUAUAAGUACUGUAUGCCUUUCUGUGUCAAUAAAUUCGGUGUACUGUGAACGCCUCCACAGAAGUUAAAUGAAGAACGACACAUUUAUUAUAAGAUAAUCACAAACAAUAUUU